AUGUCCCAUUCGGGGGGUAAUUGCUUAUCGGCUAUCACCACCCACUCCGCGUAUUCAUUGCAGAUUCUCUCAAAUAACCGCUCUAACUCAGGUGGAGCGCUUUGUGCGUCCGACCUGGUUGAAAAAAGAGUAGUAGAGGUGUUGGAUUCCCCUAUAGUGCCAGCUUGGUUGGACCAACCGGCGAAAUCCGUCUUCCUUAAUUGGAAGAGCAAGAACAAGUCUCUCCAUUUUUUUGGGAGAGCAGAGCAGUCAAAGAAUGAAACAGAUCAAAUGAUUGUUCUAGAAUGGCUAUUUCUCAUAAUUGCUCCUUGUGAUGCAGCGGAACCAUGGCAAUUAGGAUCUCAAGACGCAGCAACACCUAUGAUGCAAGGAAUAAUAGACUUACAUCACGAUAUCUUUUUCUUCCUCAUUCUUAUUUUGGUUUUCGUCUCAAGGAUCUUGGUUCGCGCUUUAUGGCAUUUCCAGAAAGAAAAAAAUCCAAUCCCGCAAAGGAUUGUUCAUGGAACUACUAUCGAGAUUCUUCGGACCAUAUUUCCUAGUAUCAUCCCGAUGUUCAUUGCUAUACCAUCAUUUGCUCUCUUAUACUCAAUGGACGAGGUAGUAGUAAAUCCAGCCAUUACUAUCAAAGCUAUUGGAAAUUGA